GGCACGCGCCGCGGUGCACGUGAACGCGCUCGGUCACUAAAUCCGCUACGAGGCAGAAGCCCGUCCCGCUCCGGGAAAAGAUGACCGUUUUAACGGUUUUACCGAACACUAAACCGCCGCUAAGCUGCGUACGUUGGUGUCCUUUUGGAGUGUAACGCGGGACUGUGUUGGAGACAACGUGAGGAUUUUGACCGAGCUUGUUUUUUUGGGGUUUUUUUCGUCUUCUGUGUGUUCUUGUUGAAGAAAGAGACCCGCAGACUGACUGGGCUGUUGUCGGGCCAGUUGGACCAGCGACCAGCCUCCGCAAACGGUUCCUUCUGAGAAAGACAAGCAAAUAUUUUUUACCACACCAUUUUUAGAUGCUGCGAGACGCUCAAUAAUUGUCAUGAUUAUUUUAUGGGUUAAUAAUGUUUUUUUAUGAUGCGUGAAACAGCCAGUGGACAGACUGGUGCCAGAGGCUAAGCUAAGGUCGGGAUCUGGAUUGUUAUGGAAGCUGCUCUCUGAGUUUAUGCUCCUAAUGGGACUUCACUAACCUGCUCCGGACCGCCAACCCAAGCCGUCAAUUUCUGCUCCUUAAUGAACUUUCAUCCGGGAGACGUUAUGUCGUUUUUUAAUUUCCGUAAGAUAUUUAAACUGGGAGCGGAAAAGAAGAAGAAGCAAUACGAGCAUGUGCGCAGGGAUGAAAACCCGGAGGAGGUCUGGGAAAUAGUGGGAGAGCUGGGAGAUGGAGCCUUCGGCAAAGUUUUCAAGGCUCAGAACAAGCAGACGGGCGUCCUCGCUGCCGCCAAAGUCAUCGACACAAAGACUGAGGAGGAGCUGGAGGACUACAUGGUGGAGAUCGACAUCCUGGCCUCCUGCGAUCAUCAGAACAUCGUCAAACUGCUCGACGCUUUUUAUUAUGAGAGCAAACUCUGGAUCCUCAUCGAGUUCUGUGCAGGAGGAGCCGUGGACGCCGUCAUGCUCGAACUGGAGCGGCCGCUGACAGAGCCUCAGAUCCGGGUGGUGUGUAAGCAGACCCUGCAGGCCCUCGUCUACCUCCACGAAAACAAAAUCAUCCACAGAGACCUGAAGGCCGGCAACAUCCUGUUCACUCUGAACGGCGACGUGAAGCUGGCUGAUUUUGGCGUGUCGGCCAAAAACACCAAAACGCUGCAGCGGAGAGAUUCUUUCAUUGGAACGCCUUACUGGAUGGCUCCUGAGGUGGUGAUGUGCGAGACGUCCAAGGACCGUCCAUACGACUACAAGGCUGACAUCUGGUCCCUCGGCGUCACCCUGAUCGAGCUGGCUCAGGUAGAACCUCCGAACCACGAGAUGAACCCCAUGAGGGUCCUGCUGAAGAUAGCCAAGGCCGAGCCGCCCACCCUGAUGCAGCCGUCUCGUUGGUCUCCUGAGUUCAGCGAUUUCCUGAAGCGCUGCCUGGACAAGAACCUGGACAGCAGAUGGACCGCAGCACAGCUUCUUCAGCAUUCGUUUGUCUCAACCGUGACUGACAGCCGGCCGCUGAGGGAGCUGAUCGCUGAGGCAAAGGCUGAGGUCACCGAGGAGAUCGAAGAGCACAAAGAGGAAGAGGAGGAGGAAGAAACGGAGCCACAUCUGGGCCACAAGCGCGCUCCAUCUGACGUCAGCGUCGCCAGCUCUGAGGAUGAGAAGAUCCCUCUGUCCCCCUUGGAAGCCGUCCCUGAGAAGAUGGAACCCAUCCUGCCGGUUCCUUCCCCAGCCGAGCUUCCUGUUCCCGACCAAGUGAUGGAAGCAGAGGAUCCUGCUGCAGAGGAGCAAACAGAGGAAGCUCCAAACGCUCCAGUUAAAGAAGAAGAACCUGAACAGAAACCAUCAGAGGAGAACGCUCCAGAGGCAGCGUCUGACGUCACUUCCCCAGAGUCAGAGACGGAGCCAGACUCACCGUCUAAGGAGCUGCAGCAGUUGGAGAUAGACGUGGAGGAUGAGAAGGAAGUGGACACUGCUGAGGUUCCUCCUCCUCCAGAGGACGACACGCCUGUUGCUGGAGAAGCUCAAACUCCAGCAGAGGAAGAGGAGGAAGACCCAUACAAACACCUCAAAGUGACGCUAACGCUGCCAGAGUCGGAGAAAGAAGUCCUGAAAGAGGAGAACGGAGAGCAGCCUGCAGAGAAAGACCGCAUGGACGCCGAGGAGGAGAAGAAGGUGCCGGAUAAAGCCAAAGACGAGAAAGAGAGAGAUUCUGAUUCAGGAAGGGGCUCGACGGCAGAUAACAGCAGCGUAGACCUGAAUCUGUCUAUUUCAAGCUUCCUGUCCAAAACAAAGGAGCCUGGUUCUGUUUCUAUACAGGAAUCCAAGCGGCAGAAGAAGACGCUGAAGAAAACUCGUAAAUUCAUCGUGGAUGGUGUGGAAGUUAGCGUAACAACGUCAAAGAUCAUCACCGAUAACGACACCAAGAACGAGGAGAUGAGGUUCCUCAGGCGGCAGGAGCUGAGGGAGCUGCGUCUGCUGCAGAAGGAGGAGCAGAGAGCCCAGCAGCAGCUCAGCAACAAGCUGCAGCAGCAGAAGGAGCAGAUCUACAGGCGCUUUGAGCAGGAGACCACCAGCAAGAAGCGUCAGUACGACCAGGAGGUGGAGAACCUGGAGCGGCAGCAGAAGCAGACCAUCGAGAGGCUGGAGCAGGAGCACACCAACCGCCUCCGAGACGAGGCCAAGCGCAUCAAAGCUGAGCAGGACAAAGAGCUGUCCAAGUACCAGAACGUGCUGAAGAACCACAAGAAAGAGGAACAAGAGUUUCUCCAGAAGCAGCAGCAGGACCUGGACAGCGCGCUGAAGAAAAUAAUCCAGCAGCACAAACACGAGCUGGCCACCAUUGAGAGAGACUGCCUCAACCACAAGCAGCAGCUCCUCAGAGCACGAGAGGCUGCCAUGUGGGAGCUGGAGGAGCGCCACCUGCAGGAGAAACACCAGCUGUUUAAGCAGCAGCUCAAGGAUCAGUACUUCAUGCAAAGACACCAGCUGCUGAAGAGACACGAGAAGGAGAUGGAGCAGAUGCAGCGCUACAACCAGCGUCUCAUCGAGGAGCUGAAGAACAAACAAACGCAGGAGAGAGGCCGGCUGCCCAAGAUUCAGCGCAGCGAGGCCAAGACGCGCAUGGCCAUGUUUAAAAAGAGCCUCCGCAUCACGGCGGCCGUCAUCACCCCCGAGCAGGAGCGGGAGAAGGUCAAGCAGUUUGCUGCCCAGGAGGAGAAGAGGCAGAAGAACGAGCGUCUCCACCAGCACCAGAAACACGAGAACCAAAUGAGAGACCUGCAGCUGCAGUGCGACGCCAACAUCCGAGAGCUGCAGCAGCUGCAGAACGAAAAGUGCCACCUGCUCAUCGAACAUGAGACCCAGAAGCUGAAGGAGCUGGAUGAGGAGCACAGCGUGGAGCUGAAGGAGUGGAGGGAGAAACUCAGACCCAGGAAGAAGGCGCUGGAGGACGAGUUCGCCAGGAAGCUGCAGGAACAGGAAGUGUUCUUCAAGAUGAGCGGCGAGUCCGAGUGCCUUAACCCGUCCACCCAGAGCCGAAUCUCCAAGUUCUACCCGAUCCCCACCGUCCAUUCUACCGGGUUCUAAGCCAGCCUGGCCAACAGGGGAACGUCAGGUUCAGACGGUUUGAAACGUUGCCCCUGACGCCACGCCGGUCCGUCCGGUUCAUGAAGAAUCCAGUGCCUGAAGAACCGGAUGUUUCCCACCUUUGGAUCCCUGCAGCAUCUUGGAGAUGUUUGCACUUUUCUCUUUUUAUGGUCAAACAUGAAUCAGUCGCAUAUUUUCUAAGUGAUUCCAACACAGAAGGUAUUUCUGACCAGAAACACUCCUGUUCAGCGUAUUUUCAUGUAGUUUUUAGAUUUCGUGGUCCGGUUUGGGCUCCGAUACUUUAAUCUCCUGUGUGACAUGAAUCCAGUUUUUCCUCUUCAGAAGGCCUUCGGGUUCAGUUUAGUUUCCAGAUUUUCUCUGGAAAAUGAAGGAACAUUUGAGUAUUUUUAUCUUCUGAUGUCGUGUUUUGUUUCCUGAAAAUCGGAACUAGGCCUGUUUCCACUCAUAGCUGUUAGCCUUAAUAAUUCAGAUGGAUUGUAAAUCUGUUACUGCGCCUUUAAGAAAUCAGACACUUUGAAGGUUUUUAUUCAGCAGAUGUUUUAUGUCUGUAUUCAAACCAACUAAAACACAAAAAUCUUUUUAUUCUCUUUUCCUCUGAUGCAACAAAUUGGACCUGACUGGUUUAGGCCUUUCUGACUGCUGAUUGGUUCAUCUCGGUUUGUUUUCUUUUCUUGAUUGGCUGUUCUGAGUUGUUAAAUAAAUAUAACAAGAGUGCUGUGCACCAUUUUUUUUUUUUUUUUUUAGAAAAAUAUUUUCAGUAACUAUUUAUACAAAAAAACUGCUCAGCUUCCUGAAUUCAGACAGAAACAAACAUAUCAAAAUCAUUCAUUCAUUUUUUAAAUACGUGUAUAGUUUUUAGAAACUCUUGUAUAAUGUUGAUUUUUUCAUUUUGCUGUAAAUAAAAUAUUUCCUCUCAGGCAAAA